CCUCAGCAGAAAGUAUUUGUGAAAUCUUCAGACCUCCCAGGAAAUGGAGGGUAAAGUCCGGGUGCAGAAGGAAUAAAUCAGAGCAUCCACAUUCAGGACUGAAGAAGCCAAGUGCCUCCCCCCUAAGAGGAUUUCUUCCCCAAGCAGAAGGAUUUCUGCUCCAGGCUACUGUUGAAAUGGCUUCAGAUAUCAACAUGCCAAGCCCAGUGUGCCUCAUCGAGAACUCUAAACAGCAAUUGGUACCCAACGAAGAAGCCCUGAAGAUACUGUCCACUAUCGAUCAGCCUAUGGUGGUGGUAGCAAUAGUGGGCUUCUAUCGCACAGGAAAAUCCUACCUGAUGAACAAGCUGGCUGGAAAGCAGAAGGGCUUCUCUCUGGGAUUCAUGGCGCAGUCUCAUACCAAGGGCAUCUGGAUGUGGUGUGUCCCUCAUCCCCAGAAGCCAGGCCACACCCUAGUUCUGCUUGACACUGAAGGCCUGGAAGAUGUACAGAAGGGAGACAACCAGAAUGACUGCUGGAUCUUUACCUUGGCAGUUCUCCUCAGCAGCACCUUCAUCUACAACAGCACAGGGACCAUCAACCAGCAGGCCAUGGACCAGCUGCACUAUGUGACAGAGCUGACUGAUCUAAUCAAAUCAAAGUCAUCACCUGAGCAGAGUGGGGUAGAUGACUCAGCUAACUUUGUGGGUUUCUUUCCAACUUUUGUGUGGGCUCUGAGAGAUUUCUCCCUGGAGCUGGAAGCUGAUGGAAAACCCAUCACUGCUGAUGAGUACCUGGAAUAUGCUUUGACCCUGAUGAAAGGAUCUGAUAAGAAAAGUGAAAGCUUUAACAAGCCUCGGCUCUGCAUCAGGACAUUCUUCCCAAAGAGGAAGUGCUUUGUCUUUGACAGGCCUGCUCAGAGAAAGUAUCUUUCUAAACUAGAGACAAUUAGUGAAGAAGAUCUGAGUAGUGAAUUUGUAGAACAAGUUGAAGAAUUCACCUCAUAUAUCUUCAGCUAUUCCAAUGUCAAGACUCUCUCUGGUGGCAUCAUAGUCAAUGGACCACGUUUACAGAGCCUGGUGCUGGCCUAUGUCAAUGCCAUUAGUAGUGGAGAACUACCCUGCAUGGAGAAUGCUGUCCUGACUUUGGCACAGAUAGAGAACGCAGCUGCGGUGCAAAAGGCCAUUGAGCACUAUGAAGAACAGAUGAACCAGAAGGUCCAGUUUCCUACAGAAACCUUCAAAGAGCUUCUGGACCUGCACAGACCCAUUGAGAGUGAGGCCAUUGAGGUCUUCAUUAAGAAAUCUUUUAAGGAUAUAGACCAAAAGUUCCAGAAGAAAUUAGUGGAACAGCUGGUAGCGAAGCGAGAUGCCUUUAUUAAGAAAAACAUGGAUGUGUCAUUAGCUCAUUGCUCAGAUUUGCUGAAAGAUAUCUUUGGAUCUUUGGAAGAAGAAGUGAAACAGGGCACAUUUUCUAAACCAGGAGGUUAUUACCUCUUUCUUCAAAAGAAACGGGAGCUAGAGAAAAAGUAUAACCAGACCACUGGAAAGGGGCUCCAGGCAGAAGAGGCGCUGAAGAAGUACUUUGAGUCCAAGGACGAUGUGGUGGAAACACUUCUAAAGACAGAUCAGUCACUCAUGGAGGCAGCAAAGGAGAUUGAAGUGGAACGUAUAAAGGCUGAAGCUCUUGAAGCUACCAACAGAGCUUUAGCAGAGAAGCAAAACAAGUAUGAGCUGCUGAUGGCAGAGAAGGAUAAGAGUUACCAGGAGCAUAUGAAACAGCUGUCUGAGAAGAUGCAUCAGGAAAGGGUACAGCUCAUAGCUGAAAAUGAAAAAAUUAUAUCUCUCAAACUUCAGGAACAGGAGAGGCUUCUCAAGGAAGGAUUCCAGAAUGAGAGCAGGAAACUUCACCAAGAGAUCGAGAGCAUAAAAAAGAGCCAGUCAUCUGGGAAAUGUACCAUACUCUGAAGUUCUGAGGUCUGACUCUGUUCACUGAGAACAUUCUGCGUUUGAUACAACUGUCAUUAAAUUACCUCAACUCAAGACAAAUCAUCUGUAUCUCUAGUCUGUGGUCACUGUAUGACACUGGACAGUGUCAGAGAAGUUUCCUCUCUUACAGAAUGCAUGUUUGAAUGGAGGAUCUGACUUCUGUGUUUUAGAAGUUCUUGACCUUCUCCAUGCUCAGGACACCUAUGUUUCUGCUUAAUAUCUUAAAUUUUCCUAUUUUCUACUGUGUAGUAUCUACAAUCACAGGGCAGGAAACUUUUAAUUAGCUCUCAAAAUGUAU